AGUACAUAACUCAAACUUCUAGAGAGGAAUGACACCACCAAAGGUCUUUAUUCAUGUGCAAAGACAAUUGCAUGAGACAAAUUAUACUAUUGAAUAUGGAUGGAGUAUAAUUUUGUCAAUUGUGGGUCUAUAUAUAAAUGUUAGUGGCAUCUUUUCUGUGAAUCUUGUCUCCUAAAAAAAGAGGAUCUGACAUUGUGGUCAGAUAUAGGGACUGUGAGACUUGACAGCAAAAUUGUGACAUGUUCACAUUGUAAGUUUUGUUUUGUGCAUAUAUAUUUGGUUACUAGGACUUGUUUUGGUUCAUAGCAAAAACUUUGUAUUGAAGUCAUGGGGAUAUUUAAUCACUAUGUGAUUGUUAAGUUCAAGGAUGGUGUGGAAGUUGAAGAGCUUAUCCAAGACUUGGAGAAAAUGAUUUCUGGAAUUCAGCAUGUCAAGUCCUUUGAAUGGGGAAAAGACAUUGAAAACCAUGAAAUGCUGACCCAAGGUUUCACUCAUGCUUUCUUGAUGACAUUCAAUGGGAAAGAGGAUUUAGCUGCAUUCCAAAUUCACCCAAGUCAUGUUGAGUUUUCCAAGAUAUUUUCAUCUGCUCUUGAGAAGAUUGUGGUGCUUGAUUUUCCAUCAAAACUUGUCAAAGCACCAGCAUGAUCCAAAUAUAUUCAAUUCAAGCAAUUUAAGUUUCAAUCUUUGAAGUGUAUGUUGAUCAAGUACUUUUAGUCUGUUGCUACAAGUCUCAUGCAAUUUCUACUUUUAUUUUCCAAUUAAUGGAACGGAGUUGAUAUUUAUUUAGUACCGACACUUUAGAUCGAAGACAUGUCUGAUGUUAGAUAAAUGUAGUUAGUUAUAUUCAAUUACUUCUAUUUACUCAAAUUAUUACUGAUAUUAACGUGUCAUUUGUAAUUUUAA